AUGCUACUAGGUCUUCUUUUCAUCUGCGUCGCUAUUUGCGAUGCGUCACAAAAUUUCUCCAUUCCGAAUGUUGUGGCUUCCUUCUCCAGUACUCCCAAGCCAUUCAAGAUCAAUGUAGAUCCUCAAUUCAUCGAAGACACAAGACGUCGGGUCAAAGCAACAAGAGCUCCUGUGUCUAUUGGCGAGGAAGACGACGGCCCGUCGCUCGCGAACUUUACCGCCAUUAGAGACUACUGGGUCAAUGAAUACAACUGGAAGAAAACUCAAGAUUCUAUCAACCAGAGGCUUAAACAAUUUACCACUGUUGUAGAAAUUACAGACAAAAACACAACAAUUCCAGUGCCAUUGCACUUUGUUCAUCAUACUUCACCUAGAGAUGAUGCAAUUCCUCUUCUCUUCCUACACGGCUUCCCAGGCUCGUUCCUUGAGGUCAUAAAUAUCAUUGAUUCGCUGACGAGUCCUCCGAACGCAUCACUACCUGCAUUUCACGUUGUUGCUCCAUCCCUUCCAGGAUUUGGCUUUUCGCCUGCUCCUCAGCAUGCGGGUGUUGGUCCUGUGAAAUCCGCACAAGCUUUCAACGCUCUAAUGCAGAAGCUUGGGUAUCCCCAGUACGUUAUGCAGGGCGGUGAUUUUGGAGGCAUGAUUCUCCGCUACCAAGCGAACAUGUUUCCGAAAAAUGUCAUCACAGCGCACAGCAAUUUCUGGGUCAUGAUGCCUUCAGAAUACGACAUUCAGAAUCUCAUUGUAGGAGCAACAAGCGAGGAGGAGACAGCAUUCAUCACAACGUGUGAGGCAUUUGUCAACAACGAUAACGGAUUCCGGAUGAUCCAGCAAUCAAAGCCAAUCCAAGCAGCUUACGCUCUCACUGAUUCUCCAAUGGGGAACUGUCUAUGGUUAUAUACUUUGAUGCAGCUUAUUAUCGACCCCAGAGAUUUUACUUGGUCACUCGAUGAAAUUAUCACCUGGUCACUCAUGUAUUACAUACAGGGUCCUUAUGGCGGGAUGCGCAUGUAUAAGGAGAUGUUGAAUGAUGGGGCAUUCAUCGGCGUUGAUUUUGCAGAUCUUCCAAUAGUGUCGCAGCCGGUGGCAAUUAGCCAAUUUCCUUAUGACGCUCUAGGAUAUGGUUUGCCACUCGAGUGGGCAAGGCGAGGGGGGAACGUGGUGAAACGCUAUGUUCAUGAUCAUGGUGGUCAUUUUGCUGCUUAUGAAGUUCCCGAUCUUUUGCUGCCCGAUAUCUGGAGCUGGUUUGGAGAUAAGAAUACUUCGGGAACGAGUUUCUUCGAUUAG